UGUUAUGGUUGUCAAGGAGAAGGAACCUAAAGGAGUCUAAUCAGAUCAGUUAGUGUAUUAUCCAUCAGGAUGGAGGAGAAGAUGAGUGUGGAGAACAUUGAGGAGGUAAAGAUGCUGGAAGCCCAGAUCACACGUCUUCAGGCUGAAGUUGAGUUGUUGAAGCUCCAACAGCAGGACAACCACAAGGACAUGACGAUGCACUUCACAGACAAAUGCAAGGAUGCACUGUCAUAUAUGUGCGGAAAGAGACAAAAGGGAGGGAAGGAGGAGGUGCUGUCCAAGCUGAAAGAGGAGGUUGAGGAACUGGAGGAGGAUCUGCAGCGACAGUCACAGAUAAAUGGCAUCAGUCUGAACAGCUGCACCAUAAAGACCCUACAAAGCAGUGACAAUCAGCUGGUCCAGGAGCUCUGUGUGUCAGGUCACUGCUCUGAGCUGGUCUUCCAGGUGGAGUUUCAACUCUCUGAAGUCAAGGAAGGUCAGAGAUCUGAGAGGACGAUCAGCAGUCUGAAUGUGGUGAUGGAUGCCAGCGACCUGCAGAACUUCAGCAGCUUUCUUUCUGAGGUGGAGGAGAGCAAGGAUCUUCUGCUGUUCUUCAGGACUCUAAGGGCUUACUCAGACAGAUGUGACGACCGAUGCCGAUCCUUCCAGCACUUCCAGGACAAGUAUCCAUCUGUCGUCUCUCUCCCUGGAGGCAGCAGGUCGGAGGUCAUGACCCUGAAUCAUCCCGAGCUGCCUGGCUGCGUCUUACUGGUGAACUGGUCAGUGGAGGUCUCCAGAGAAGGUGGAGUGGCUCCAAAGAUCGACCUGCUGACAAAGAUCCCCGAGACAGCGCUGCAGAUGUUUCCCUCUCAGGCUGUAGGUGGCGCCGCUGAGGCCUUUCAGAGCCUGCUGAGGAUUUUGGGACCUGAAGCCGCCAUAGAGUCCAUGAUCAGAGCCGUCAGCCUCUCACAGGAAACAUAACUCACAUCAUUUUAUUUUAGACAUCAUGUAACGUCACAUAUGAGCAGUUUUAAUUCUUCCAGAUGAAAUAAAGACGCAGAGCGAUGGUUUUAGUCUCUUAGAAAUCCUUUAUUCAAUAGAAAGAGCCCGACUGUGACGGCUGUAACAGCAGAGCUCAUUGGUCAAAAUCUACAAAAAUAAAUAAUUUAAAUACAAAAUGCCAGACAGCAGUGUCGCCUUUGUAUUUUCAAAUAGUUUUUCUUCUCUUAACUAUUUACACACACGCAGUUAUUAGAAGUCUGUAGGUAUCACAGUGCUGUGAUGUUUCUGCAGGGUGACGCUCGGGCGGCAGGCGGAGGCAGCGGACCGCCGACCAAUCAGGCUCCAGCUUCACCUGCCUGAGCGUCCGCUGGGAGGAGUCAGAGGUCUGGACGAACUCAGCUCUGAUUGGCUGAGAGAACAAAGAGCGUAGAUCAUUCUAUCGUGAUCGUAAAAAGCUUUUUAAGUAAAAUUUAACGUAAGAUUUAUCAGCUCGAUGUUAUCAAGUUUUAUCUGUUUGUGCCUGUUUAGUACAAAAUUAUUUUACUCUAAACUCCGAUGAUCUUUUAGAACUUACAUAAAACAUUAAAAUAUAUUCUGUCUGCUUCACCAUUUUUAAGAUUUUUAACCCUUUACCCAACUGGCAGCUUUUAUUUCUGAAACGACACAAAGAUAAAAGCUGGAAAUGAGCCUUUAAGAAACUUCAACGAGCUAAAUUUUUAAUAUUGACCAAAUAAAAUCUCAACUCAAGGUCCACUUACUCACUUUUAUCUGAAGCUUUCAACCAUUUCACAGCAGAUGUUCAAACCUAAAAUGAUUUUUAGCAUCUCGAGGACUUUUAAUCUUUGUUGAGUUAAAUUCUCGAGCGUCGAAACAGCAGCUGGACACUCAAGAUGCCACUUACUCAUGUUGGAGCUUUUGAUAGUAUGACACUGUCUUCUUCAGCAGCUCCUAGAGAGUCCUCGAGUUUGAACAUCUAGAUUUUAAAAAGGAGACUAGUGGAUACAGCUGAAAGUGUCUGAAUAAACAAGUACGUAAGUGGAAAGUAAAAAGUUUUAUCAGGUAAAUUUACUUUUAUUAACUUAUAUUAAUGUUAUUCAUCAUCAUUAAUUACAUAUUUAUGUUUAGAGGAGUUUCCGGUGCAGCAGACGUAAUAUUUAAUACUUUAGGAUCGUCAGGGAUUAAAUUGAUGCUUGCGUCGCUUCGUGUCACGUGGGAGUUAAUGUAACAAUUUAUUUUAGUAUAGACACGAUAACGUUAAAACCUGAAAAACAAGGUUUGAGUUUGAAAUGUUGUCGCGUCAAUGUAGAGAAGGUAAAAAAAAAUAAAAAGUUCAACUGGCUGAGAGCGAUGUGAAGGUAUUUAUAAAAAAGACUGCUUACAAAGUAGUUUGGAUUACAGCACAGAUGUUUCUAAAAGCUCCGUUAAAUAUAUUGGAUUAAAUAACGACGUGUAGCUGUAAAAAAAAAAAAAAAAAAGCAAA